AUGUCUGUCUUUGACGUGAUUGUUGUAGGAGGUGGGAACGCUGCCUUGGUAUCGGCUCUUUCUGCUCAUCAAGCGGGAGCACGCGUGGCCAUCUUCGAAGCAGCAGCAGAAGAAGAGCGUGGAGGCAAUAGCCGAUUUUCUUCUGGUAUAUUUCGCAUACCACACAAUGGAUUAUCUUCUGUUGAACCACUUCUCGAUGCCGAUGCCGUGACCGAUGUCAAAUAUUGCCGGAUGGAUCCCUACACCACCGAGAUGUAUCAACGUGAUAUUGAGCGGACAAGUAAGGGGCAGUGCAACAAAGAACAGGUAGCUGUGAUGCUAAGGCAUGCUUUUGACACCGUGAUGUGGAUGAAAGAGGAGCUUGGUGUCAAAUGGCAAUUGCCGUUGGGAAAAUUUUUCGAUCGCGACAACGUUAUACAAGCCCAAAAGGUGGUGAACAUGCCACCGUGGGACACGAUCAUGGCAAUUGGCGAGGGGACUGGCCUAAUGGAGAUGCUCUGGAAGAAGGUAGAGAGCACCGAUAUUACUGUCUUUUAUGGUACGCCCGUCACCGACCUAAUUGCUACUGGAGACACUAUCAGAGGGAUUAGAGUGAGGUGCCAAGACAAAACGUGCAGUUACUUUGGUCAAGUUAUCCUUGCUUGUGGUGGAUUCGAGGCAUCCCCGAGGCUCCGAAGGCAGUACUUAGGCGAAGGUUGGGAUCUUGUAUCUUUGCGUGGCAGUCGUUUCAAUACGGGCACCAUGAUGGAAAAAGCCGUAAAUGUCGGAGCUGGAGUUGCGGGGCAUUUUGGGGGUUGUCAUGCAACUCCUCAUGACCUUAAUGCACCUAAGGUUCUAAAACCAACUGACGCCGACAAGAUGAGCCGGUACAGUUUCCCGUAUUCUGUCAUGAUCAAUAGCAACGGAGAUCGAUUUAUGGACGAAGGUGAAAAUCAUUUCAGCCUUACAUAUGCAAAGACAGGGUCAAUCAUUGCUCAGCAACCUGGAGCCAGUGCCUUUCAGGUCUUUGAUCAAAAGACCCUCCACCUUCUUGAGCCACGGUACGCAAUUGCGUCCCCGGUCCAGGCCGAUACUCUUGAGGAGCUUGCAAAUAAGAUUGGCAUUGACGUGAAAGUCUUCUGUAAAACCAUACAAGAGUACAAUGCCGCAACUUCCAAGGAUGCUACGGAGAGGUUUGAUGCGUUUGCUCUUGAUGGUGUUGCAACGGAGUCGCUUGCCAUUCCCAAAAGUAAUUGGGCUUUACCUAUCGAUAAAGGCCCGUUUGUGGCAUAUGGAGUUACAUGUGGCAUCACGUUUACCUAUGGAGGGUUGAAGACAGAUGAUGCAGCUCAUGUACUCAAUGAUGAAGGGCUAAUAAUGCCCGGUCUUUGGGCAGUGGGGGAGAUAGCUGGUGGCUUUUUUGCAUUCAACUAUCCAGGGGGGUCUGGUCUGACUAGAGGUGCAGCUUUUGGAAGAGUCGCAGGUCGGGCUGCGGCCCAGAAAGCAAAAGACAUCUCUAUGCUAGAGAGAUUGACCAGAAUGGUUCGUUUAGUCUGGUCAUGA